AUGAAAGAGUCGUCGGAUGAAGAUUUCGCUUACGCGAUGACUCCGUUGAAGAUCAUGUCGUGGCCUGUAGGAACCUGGCCUCUUCAAGUGUACGAUAUCUUCUCCGCUAUACGUGCCAUAAUCGCGAUUCUACUUCUGCUAUUCAUGCUGAUCAUCGUGCAAAUGGAGUUGUAUUUAGACAGGAGUGACGCCAAGAAGAAUCUAGACGCUCUACUGCUAAUUACCUGCGGCAUUUUGGCGUUAUCAAAGAUCAUACGUUUUCGUAUUCAGCCUGAUGGCCUUGUUUCGAAUUUUAUCUCGGUGAUUAAAGAUUAUAACGAACUGAAAGAUCAAGAGAAACGAGUGAUAAUGCGAAGACACGCUUAUAUGGGUAGACUGGUAUCGGCUAGUGUGAUAUUUUCUUCGUGCAUCGGCUCGACUCUUUACUUGACUAUCCCUAUGCUGUCUGGAGAUGAAGAAAAAGAUAUAGUUAACGUAACGAAAGAAAGUACAACGGAUUAUCCUAUGCCUUCCGAAUAUGUAAUAGCCCUUAUGCAAUUGCCGGAUAAUUUGUUCUUUAUGGUUUUUAUCAUAGAAUACUUGAUGCUGUUAUUCACAAGCACUGGAAAUCUAGGAAGCGAUACGUUGUUCUUCGGUAUUAUCUUUCACCUGUGCGGUCAGGUAGAAAUUCUGAGAUUAGAGUUCAAUAGACUAGGUAACAAGAACGAAAGAACAAUGGAACGUUUCAUCGUGUUAAUCAAGAGGCACAUUUACUUAUUGAACCUAGCCCACAUGCUGAACGAGACAAUUAGCUCUAUCUUGGUGAUGCAACUAUUCUCGAGCUGUGUGCUUAUUUGUACAACCGGAUUUCAACUCAUUCUCGCUCUAAGCAUCGGAAACAUAGUCAUGAUGAUGAAAGGAUUUAUAGUUCUGAACGCUAUGUUGGUGCAACUAUUUGCAUACAGUUAUGUGGGCGAUUAUUUAACGCGCCAAAUGAAAGGUAUCAGCGACUCGAUGUAUUUUUGCAAUUGGUACGAUAUAUCGAAAAGUAUGGCAAAAGAUAUUAUUUAUGUCAUUAUGAGAGCUCAAUAUCCAGUGUCCUUGAAGGCUGGCAAUUUCUUUAUCGUCAAUAUGGAAACGUAUAUGAGUAUUCUGAAAACUUCUAUGUCGUAUCUUUCAGUCCUUCGAGUAAUGGUAAAUGCUUGAAGUGGUAUGAAUCUAAUAAAGUACAAUAAAAUGUAAAACAUUUUCUUUCUGGUGAUUUAAUAUUCAUUUCGAAUACUCGAAAUUAAAUUAUUUUGGAAUCGAAUGUGCGCAGUAGAUCGUCUCAGUAGACUGUUAUGGUCAAUGAUUCACGCAAUUUUCGAUAGAUGUUAUUGCAGCAUCGUUUGUUUAUAGCCACUGACUAAGAACAGCAUAGACGAGACAUUACAUGGGCGUGUGCGUCCCAGGUUCUGAAAUACCGACUCGGAAAAAAACUAAAGUUCAUUUGUAUUACACUGUGGUCAAGGAACAGGAAUACAAGAGCCGACUCUCCACAUGGAAAUCCACAUGGAAAACAAGAAGGAUCUUUUCUGCGCAAGCACAGCACGCGUAUAUGGAUACACAUAAACACUAUGAAUGCCUGAGACAGAGACAUUCAAAAACAAAAUUUCAUUUUGUGCCUUUAUAUUUUUAUUCGUAUGAAAACAGAUCAAAGAAGAGGACAUCUGCACGUAAGUGAGCGUAAAUGUUUUUUUGUGCGUGCUAGGAUAAAUCGUACAUCAAAUCGAAGUAAGUAAACGCUAGCCGUAUAAUAGUGUCUGGUUUCGAAAAUACUUUGUUAAGUUUAUUGUAACAUUAUCACAAAUCUUACUCCAUUCAGUAUCUUACAUCAUAAGACAUUUUUAUAUAACAUUUCAAGUAUAGAAAUAUAUUGCAUAAAAGAAAUAUAAUAAUUUGGUGCAACCGAUUAGUUUCUAAUCAUCUAACUGACGUGUCUUACCUCUUUUCAGAUCCUCUUACACUCGAUGAACCUAUAGAUAGAUCUUAACAAUCCCUUGGAAUUGAACUACUUGAUGACAACAUACUGCCUAUUUUGCCAACUUUGCCUCGGCACAUCUGCGUAUUGGCAUCGCAGACAAUGUAUAACGUCGUCAAUGUAAUUGCUGAUUUGGCCAAUGACGGAUUAUUCUUCAGCUUAAGGAUGAAUUCUCCCAAGUACUCAUUGCCAGGAGUCAUGCUAAUUAACUUUCAUAGAUU